AGAUAUAUUAUAUUUGAUAUAUCUAUCAAGCAUUAUUGCAUUAAGCAAAGCUUAGUUGCAGAAGAGUGAGCAGCUAAUAACGAAGCAGAAGGCGACGAACCGACGUCGUCAGGUGGGCUCAGGAUAAGAGCGGUGGCACGGCGGCCGCGGCGCAUGAUAGAGAGCUCGACCGCUCCUUUCUCAUAAACUCUUAAGCUACACAACUUGUAAGAUAAACUCUCAGAAAAAUUCAAGUUUCAAAAUCUGUUCUUGGGGAGGAAUAAAGUCUGGGCUUUUGAUGAGCGGUUAGUUGAGUGGCGAUGACGGUGAAAAUGAGGGGAGGUGUGGCGGUGGUGCUCGCGGUGGUUCUGUUGCAGUGCUUGGCGCCGUUUGCCGCCAAUGUGACGUAUGAUCACCGUGCAUUGGUCAUUGACGGCAAACGGAGGGUCUUGAUCUCCGGCUCCAUCCACUAUCCUCGGAGCACUCCUGAUAUGUGGCCAGACUUGAUUCAGAAAUCGAAGGAUGGAGGUUUGGAUGUUAUCGAGACUUAUAUUUUCUGGGACUUGCACGAACCAGUUAGAAACCAGUAUGAUUUUGAAGGGAGGAAAGAUAUUGUUAAAUUUGUGAAACUGGUUGGAGAAGCUGAUUUAUUUGUUCAUCUACGUAUUGGGCCUUAUGCCUGUGCUGAGUGGAACUAUGGUGGGUUUCCUGUCUGGUUGCAUUUUAUACCUGGGAUUGAACUUCGAUCUAACAACGAGCCGUUCAAGGCUGAAAUGCAGCGGUUCACGACCAAGAUUGUUGACUUGAUGAAGCAAGAAAAUCUCUAUGCAUCCCAAGGAGGUCCCAUCAUAUUGUCUCAGAUUGAAAAUGAGUAUGGUAAUGUUCAAUUCGACUAUGGACCUCGUGCUAAACCAUAUGUGGAAUGGGCAGCAGCAAUGGCUACCUCGUUGGAUACCGGGGUACCAUGGGUUAUGUGCCAGCAAGCAGAUGCUCCUGAUCCUAUUAUAAACACUUGCAAUGGGUUCUAUUGUGACCAGUUCACGCCCAACUCCGAUAAGAAGCCAAAAAUGUGGACUGAGAAUUGGACUGGAUGGUUUACUUCAUUUGGUGGCCCUGUGCCUUAUAGACCAGUAGAAGACAUUGCUUUUGCAGUGGCUAGGUUUUUCCAGCGGGGCGGAACCUUCCAGAAUUAUUACAUGUAUCACGGAGGAACUAACUUUGGUCGAUCCUCUGGUGGACCCUUUAUUAUAACAUCCUAUGAUUAUGAUGCUCCACUCGACGAGUAUGGCCAAAUAAGACAACCAAAAUGGGGCCACUUAAAAGAUCUACACAAGGCGAUAAAGCUUUGUGAAGCAGCUAUGGUCGCAACUGAUCCCACCAUCACUUCUCUCGGCUCAAAUUUGGAGGCCAGCGUUUAUAAGACUGAAUCAGGGCUGUGCUCAGCCUUCCUAGCUAAUAUCCAUACCAAAUCUGAUGCGACAGUGACCUUCAAUGGAAAUUCUUAUCUCUUGCCCGCUUGGUCUGUAAGCAUCUUACCAGACUGCAAGAAUGUGGCACUUAAUACUGCAAAGAUUAACUCUGUAGCAACCAUCCCGAGAUUUGUCAGUCAGUCUUCUAAAGCUGAUACUUCCGGGGCAUCACUAUCUGGUUGGAGUUGGGUUAACGAGCCUGUGGGUAUUUCAAGCGAUAAGGCCUUCACAAAGGAUGGUUUAGUGGAACAAAUAAAUACUACAGCUGAUGCGAGUGACUAUCUGUGGUAUUCUUUAAGUAUUGAAAUUAAAGGCGAUGAGCCUUUCCUGCAAGAUGGAUCUCAAGCAGUUCUCCAUGUGCAAUCACUUGGACAUGCCCUUCACGUUUUCAUUAAUGGAAAGCUUGCAGGCAGUGGCAAGGGAGGCAGUAAGGAUGCUAGAGUUUCAAUAGACGUUCCAGUCAGCCCUGUAGCGGGGAAAAAUAAAAUUGAUCUCUUGAGUUUGACAGUUGGACUUCAGAAUUAUGGAGGACAUUUCGAUUUAAAGGGAGCAGGGAUUACUGGUCCAGUGCAGCUGAAAGAUUCGAAAAGUGGAUCAAGUAUUGAUCUUUCCUCGCAGAAGUGGACAUAUCAGAUUGGUUUAAAAGGGGAAGAGUUGAGCUUGUUCAAUGGAGAUUCUUCGCUUUGGAUGUCAAAGCCUGCUUUGCCUACAAAUCAACCAUUAAUAUGGUACAAGGCCAAUUUUGAUGCCCCUGGCGGUGAUAGCCCGCUUGCUAUAGAUUUCACGGGGAUGGGAAAGGGGGUGGCAUGGGUAAAUGGACAAAGCAUUGGGCGGUACUGGCCAACGUAUACUGCUUCAAAUGGUGGUUGCACUGAUUCGUGUAACUACAGAGGACCCUAUAAUUCUGACAAAUGCCUCAGGAAUUGUGGAAAGCCUUCUCAGACUUAUUACCAUGUUCCUCGUUCGUGGCUAAAAUCGAGUGGAAAUGUGCUAGUGGUAUUUGAGGAAGUUGGUGGAGAUCCAACCAAGCUAUCAUUUGCAACUAGAGAGGUAGGAAGUCUAUGCUCAAGAGUUUCGGAGUCUCACCCAAUGCCCGUAGACAUGUGGACUUCAGACCUAUCGGGGCAAAAACAAGAAGGUGCAGCGCUCUCUCUCGAGUGCCCUCUUUCUAACCAAGUGAUUUCAACGAUAAAAUUUGCAAGCUUUGGCACUCCUCAAGGGACUUGUGGAAGUUUUAGCCAUGGUAAAUGCAGGAGCACCAACGCUCUUUCUGUUGUAAAGAAGGCUUGCAUUGGAUUGCGAAACUGCUCUCUUGGAGUCUCGAGCACCACAUUUGGCAAUCCGUGUGCAGGAGUUACAAAGAGUUUAGCUGUAGAAGCUUCUUGUGCCUAAGGCACCUUGUGUAGGUAUUUGUGAAACGCGAAAUUUCAACAUAAAAUGAAAACGAAUAAAAGAAUGAAAAAGAAAUAGAAGAAGAAAAAGAAGAAACUUGUACUCCCUGUUACCAUAUCUGAAAGAAAUGAAUUAUCUUUGAAUCAAGAAGCAGUCUUUCAAUUUG